UGCGGUCUUUCCAUAGUCCAGUCCCUUCUUCAGUCCACUUCCAGUUGUACUUCUUAUUCUGAGUUUAUUUAUCAUCUCAUAUUGAUAAUAAUAGUCUUCUUCUUCUUCUUCUUCUUCUUCUCAGAACGCUAUUCUUCAGAUCUCUUCCUUCUCACUCCAUUGAACUGAUAAUAUAGAUUAUAUAUUCAAUUACAAGCCCCAAAAAACCCAUUUCCAAUAUUAGAUCUGAGAAUCAACGAAUUCCACUCAUUCGGUAACAAAAAUUAAAAAUGGCAUCCCCAAAUCAACAACAAACCCCAACAGCAACACCACCAACGCCACCCCAAUUCGACAUGCACAAAUUGUUCAUGCCCACAACUUCAACACCACCACCACUACCACCGACAACAACGCCAUCACCGUCACCGCCCCCACCACCACAAUAUAACCCUACUCUUAUAUUUCCUUCCCCAGCCACUACUUCUUAUCCUCCCCCUACUCUCUCUAACUUCCCCUUUCAUCAAUUCCCCCAACAAUUUCCCCAGCAAUUUUCCCCCUCGCCUCCUACUUUCUCUCACGCUCCUCCUCCUCCUCCUCCUCAGCAGCAGCAGCAGCAGCCGCACCGCUCUCUUUCCUACCCUACCCCUCCUCUUCAACCCCAAACCCCUUCUCCUCGCAAUAACAACAUCGACCGCAGUGGUGCUGAAAUCAUGGCCCUCCUCCGCCCCCCUCCCCCUCCGCCGCCAAUUCAAGAACAGCCGGAAGGAAGUGGGACCCUUGUGAUUCCGGGUGGUGUUGUGGGACCUAUUAGGAUGGCAAGUAGUAAGAUGCCAAAGGGAAGAAGGAUAGGGAGUGGUGAAGUAGCAGUGUGUUAUGAUGUGGAUGUUAGGUUACAAGGGGAAGUGCAGCCUCAACUUGAGGUUACACCUAUUACUAAGUACAACUCUGAUCCUCAGUUGUGCUUAGGAAGGCAAAUUGCUGUUAAUAAAUCUUAUAUAUGUUAUGGGUUAAAGCAGGGUAAUAUUAGGAUUCUUAAUAUUAAUACUGCUCUCCGCUCCUUGUUUCGCUCCAACUCUCAGAGGGUUACUGAUAUGGCUUUCUUUGCUGAGGAUGUUCAUCUCUUGGCUAGUGCUGGCAUAGAUGGACGGAUUAAUGUCUGGAAAAUUUCUGAAGGUCCAGAUGAGGAAGAUAAGCCACAAAUUACAGGAAAGGCUGUUAUUGCCAUUCAAAUAGUUGGAGAGGGAGAGAUUAAAAAUCCAAGAGUUUGUUGGCAUUGCUACAAACAAGAAAUUUUGGUUGUUGGAGUUGGUAAGCGUGUUCUCAGAAUUGAUACUAACAAAGUUGGAAAGGCUGGAGUAUAUUCAUCAGAGGCACCUCUUUUAUGUCCUGUUGACAAAGUGAUUGAUGGUAUCCAAUUGGUUGGCAAACAUGAUGGAGAAGUGACUGAUUUAUCAAUGUGCCAGUGGAUGACUACCCGUUUGGUUUCUGCUUCUAUGGAUGGAACAAUUAAGAUCUGGGAGGAUCUCAAGGCAUCACCGCUUGUGGUACUGAGACCACAUGAUGGCCAGUCUGUUUACUCAGCAACAUUCUUGACUGCUAGCAACCGGCCAGAUCACAUCAUACUUAUUACAGCAGGGUCCCAGAAUCGAGAAGUGAAGAUUUGGGUCUCAGACAAAGAAGAGGGCUGGCUGUUACCCAGUGAUGGCGAUUCAUUGAAUUGCACUCAGACUCUAGAGCUCAAGAGUUCAGCUGAACCUCGAAUAGAGGAAGCAUUCUUCAAUCAAGUUGUAGCUCUGUCCCAAGUGGGUCUCCUCUUACUUGCAAAUGCUAAGAGGAAUGCAAUAUAUGCUAUACACCUAGACUACGGUCCUAAUCCAGCAGCAACCCGCAUGGAUUACAUAUCGGAGUUUACUGUCACCAUGCCUAUCUUGAGUUUAACAGGAACUAGUGAUGUUUUACAUGGACAAUCUGUUGCUCAGAUUUAUUGUGUCCAGACAGCGGCUAUUCAGCAGUAUACUUUGGAUUUAUGCCAGUGCUUGCCGCCACUCUUGGAGAAUGUUGGUUUAGAGAAUUCGGAUUCCAAUAUUUCACUUGAUCUAGCUAAUGUUGAAGGAGUUUCUGCUUUGGACUCACAUGGAAAGAACUUCUCGAAUGUUCCUCUAAGCUCUGUUUCAAUUGAUGCAGUUACCUCGCAAGAUAUUCCCUCUUCAAGUAAUGACUCCAAACCUCUUGCUUUGGCCCCUUCGACUAGUGAUGCUGACAUCACUUGUGUUCAACCAUCUCCUCUUUCCAUAAAAAGUAGGGGUAUGACUGAUGUUAAUCUCUCAUCAAGACUUAAGUCAGGCCCUCCAUCUGGUGAGCAAGGUUCAAAUCAGCCAGUCAUUGACAAUUCAGUUGACCAGCAAAUGGAUACUAUUCGUGCAAAUAUAUCGGAUGUUCCUUCUUUGGGUAGUGACUUAAGGAAUGAUGACAAAAAAGGUACACUAGAUGAUAACUCUAGCAUGCUUGAUCCGCCUGUAAUGUUUAAACACCCAACCCAUCUUGUAACUCCUUCUGAGAUUUUAAUGGGUGUUCCUCCUAAUAAUAAUGAUAUCAAGACUGAGGAAGCAAAUAUUCAAGAUGUAGUUGUCAAUAGUGAUGUCAGUAAUGCAGAAGUGGAGGUUAAAGUAGUUGGUGAAAAUAAAUCUACUCACAAUGGUGAAUUUGGCCUCCGAGGAGAACCUAAAAGUCGUGUUCCUGAAAAUAAGGAGAAGUUCUUUUGUUCCCAGGCUUCAGAUCUUGGUAUUGAAGUUGCCAGGGAAUGUAGUGCCAUAUCAGCAGAAACUUAUACUAUGGAGGAACCUCAGCAAGUUGAUGGUGUUGAUGUGCCCGAAUAUCAUGCCCAACCCUCUCAUAUAAGUGAGGACGAAGUCCAUGACUCCACCAAAAAUGUACUGGAGAAAGUUACCGAGUCAACUAUGCCCACAACAGUUCAGCAAUCAACACCAAGUACGAAGGCAAAGAAGCAGAAGGCGAAAAGUUCUCAAGCAUCAGGCCCAUAUUCUCCAUCUCCAAGUGUCUUUAAUUCAACAGACUCUUCUAAUGAACCGGCUGGAACUUCAGAAACUGCCUUUCCUCAAAUAUUUGCAAUGCAGGAGAUGUUAAGUCAGUUAAUAGCCACACAAAGAGAAAUGCAGAAGCAGAUGUCAAAUAUGGUUGCUGUCCCUGUUUCAAAAGAAUGUAGAAGACUGGAGGCUGCUUUAGGGCGGAGCAUUGAGAAAGCUGUCAAGGCAAAUACUGAUGCACUGUGGGCUCGUUUUCAAGAAGAAAAUGCAAAGAAUGAGAAGUUAUUGCGGGAUCGCACACAGCAAAUAUCAAGUCUGAUUGCUAACUUUAUCAACAAGGACUUGACAGCCAUGUUGGAGAAAGCAGUGAAAAAAGAAUUAGCUUCAAUUGGACCAGCUGUAGCUCGUACUAUCUCUCCAGUCCUUGAGAAAACAAUAUCUUCAGCUAUUGCGGAGUCAUUCCAGAGAGGAGUAGGUGAUAAGGCAGUAAAUCAACUGGAGAAAUCAGUUAAUACAAAACUUGAAGCCACUGUUGCUAGGCAAAUUCAAGCACAAUUUCAAACUUCUGGAAAGCAGGCUCUCCAGGAUUCCUUGAAGGCUGGCCUGGAAGCUUCAGUUAUCCCUGCCUUUGAGAUGUCGUGUAAAGCUAUGUUUGAGCAAGUAGAUGCCACCUUUAGGAAAGGGAUGGUUGAACAUACAGCUGCAGCUCAGCAACAUUUUGAAUCUGCACAUUCUUCAUUGGCCCUUGCUUUAAGGGAAACCAUCAACUCAGCAUCCUCGUUGACCCAAACCCUGAGUGGGGAGUUUGCUGAAAGUCAAAGGAAGCUGUUAGCUCUUGUGGCUGCUGGUGCAAACUCAAAUGCUGCAAACCCCCUGGUUACGCAACUGAGCAAUGGCCCUUUGGCUGGUCUCCAUGAAAAGGUUGAGACUCAUGUGGAUCCAACAAAGGAGUUAUCAAGAUUGAUAUCUGAACACAAAUAUGGCGAGGCUUUCACCAUCGCCCUACAAAGAAGUGAUGUGUACAUUGUCUCCUGGUUAUGCUCUCAGGUUGAUUUGCGAGGGAUUCUAGCAAUGGUUCCACUCCCCUUAAGCCAAGGAGUGUUGCUCUCUCUUCUGCAGCAGUUGGCCUGUGACGUAAGCAAGGAUACAGCUCGAAAGCUUGCUUGGAUGACAGACGUGGCAGCUGCCAUAAACCCAGCUGACCAAAUGAUCUCAAUGCAUGUGCGGCCAAUCUUUGAGCAAGUAUACCAGAUUUUGCAUCAGCUACGCAACUCACCUGCUGUUACGGGUACUGACCUCUCAACUAUCCGGGUUCUCAUGCAUGUCAUCAACUCCGUGCUUGUUACCUGUUGAUGAUUCUUCCUUCUCAACCAUUUUAUAUAACGAGUUUAGAGGUAGUAGGAGAGUUUGUACAAAUCUUGGUUCAUAUGAAGGGCCUUUGGUCAUAUUUUUUUUUUCUUUUUAGAAGAAUAUAAGAAAUUAUGAAGAAGAAAAGCUUAGUGUUUAGAGGGGAAUACUAUUUUAGUUCAGGUGCUUCAGACUCAGCCCCCCUUGUCAGAUUGACCUUUUUCGUAGUUUUAAGUGCAAAUAUGGAUUUUGAAUUUUCUGGAUUUCUUGCUCUCCUGAUCCAAAUUGUGGUUAAAAAAUCAAUUGGAAAGACUUCUGCUUUCAUUUUUUA